CUUCUAAUAUAUAAUCAAUAACUAAUCAAUAAUGUCCGGUGGUAAAGGUAAAGCUGGCUCUUCUGAAAAGGCCUCCACUUCUAGAUCUGCUAAGGCUGGUUUGACUUUCCCAGUCGGUAGAGUCCACAGAUUGUUAAGAAAGGGUAACUACGCUCAAAGAGUUGGUUCCGGUGCUCCAGUCUACUUGACCUCCGUCUUGGAAUACUUGGCUGCCGAAAUCUUGGAAUUGGCCGGUAACGCUGCCAGAGACAACAAGAAGUCCAGAAUCAUCCCAAGACACUUGCAAUUGGCCAUCAGAAACGAUGAAGAAUUGAACAAGUUGUUGGGUCACGUCACUAUCGCUCAAGGUGGUGUCUUGCCAAACAUCCACCAAUCCUUGUUGCCAGCUAAGAAGGCUAAGCCAGGUAAGGCUUCUCAAGAAUUAUAAGUGUGAUCGUUUUCAACGUGUCAUUGUAAUUUUAAUGUUUUAGUUAUUCCUUUCAAGCAGUUUGUAUCAUUGUUUACAGACUAGUGUACAUUAGUUUUAGUUUUAAUGAGGUAGUUUAUAAUGGAAUGUAUUCUGUUAGAAUAAAGUGUACAACACAUAAUUG